AUUCAAAAUGGCAGCCUCCAUGUUGUAAGUCCCGACAGUUGUUGCUGUGAUAAAAUUUCAUUUUAUGACCAAUAAACUGCAUAAACUAGACCAAAACUACAAGGGAAGAUGGCAAAACGAACAGCCACAACAGAACUGACAGACAGGAAUUGGGACCAUGAGGAUGAGCCAGAGGAGGCAGGACAGUUUGUACAGGCCUCAUCGAACACAAUCAAACAGAGACAGAUCAUUAAAGCCAAAAGAAAAAGCAGCACUGCAGAGGGAGGAAGCAGGUCAUUCACCGGAUUCUCAGGUUUCAGCUUCAAACCCACAUCAACAAGUACCCCAUUCAGCUUCAACGUCAAAUCGGUGACAAAUGGCCAGUCAGAAACAAAAGAAACGGCAGCCAGUGUGAUUCCCCCUGUCAAGGGGGUUCCAGCCCCCAACCCAGUCAAGUCCACACCAGCCAGUAAUGGCUCAGCUAAGACAGAAAGUGGAGAUAGUGUCACCUGCAAUGCAUAUUCAGAGAAUCUGAAGAAACUUAACGAGAGUGUGUUGUCAUGGAUACAGAAACAUGUGGAAAAAAAUGCAUACUGUAUUUUGACUCCAAUAUUCAAAGACUAUGAAAAACAUCUUGAUGAACUUGAAAAGGAGAAAUCUGAGAAAACAGGCAAGAAUAAUGGGAUGGAAAGUAAGACAGCCACUACUUUUUCUACUGUCACUACAGGAGUUGAGCCUGCUUUGUCCUCCACUAAACCUGCAUUCUCAUUCGGAACGUCUGCAACAGCAACACCCAGCAGUGGAUUCAGCUUCGGGUCUACGAAGGCUGCCUCAGCACCAUCUGAUGGUACUAAGGGAGCUAAUGGAGGCUCCACAUUCGGCGCUACUGUCACUGGAUUUUCGGGAUUUAAUCUACAGUCUAAUCUUGGAACUAAACCUUCACCGUUUUUUGCUGUUGGUCAAUCUACAGGUGCUAUGGGUUCCUCACAAGAUGCAGCAGAGGAAGAGUAUGAACCCCCAAAGCCAGAAUCAACAGAGGUCAAAGAGGAAGGAGCUUUACACACAAUCAAAUGCAAGCUGUUCUACCAGAAGGAUGGGGCCUGGAAAGAACGUGGAGUAGGGUUUCUACAUCUAAAAAAGGCUGACGACAAAAUACAGCUUGUAGUACGAGCUGAUACCAGCUUAGGGAACAUCUUAUUGAAUAUAAUUCUAUCUAGCUCACUACCCUUGAGUCGCCAGGGCAAGAACAAUGUGAGCAUAAUGUGUGUUCCCAACCCGCCCCUUGACACCAAGGAAGAUCCCAAGGCCACUCCUAUGCUUAUCAGAGUCAAGACCCCCGAAGAUGCCGACACACUCCUUGAAAAAAUGAAGGAACUAAGGAAAUAGUGAAUUAAAAGGAAAUGGUAUAUUUGUGUACCGUUACUAAGACAUCAAUGGAACAGCAGAGCUAGAAAAAACCCAUUUUGAACCUUUUUUUACAACUAUGUGCAUAAUACAUUGGGAGGCAUAAACCAAUUCCUGUCUUAGGCGACGGCAGGGGGGGGGGGGGGGGGGAGUGAAAACUUGAGAAAAUGUUUCAAAAAGUGAAAGUGAUAAUAUCAGACGGUAAAGUGUUAAUAUCAGACUUUCAACAUUUGCUGGAAUUAGGUAAACCUAAACUUGGAUUUUUAAAGUCUGUUUAUUAGUAUGCCUAACACACUGUCUUGUAGAAGUGUUUUGCAAGUUUUUGCUUUCUGACUUCAACCAAUCCACCAUAUUUUUUUAGAACCAAAAACAGAAAUACGAUAUUGUUUUAAUAAGCCGGUAGUGACUUAUGAUUGUUCCUUUCAAUGUUCAAAUCCUCAUAAAAGAGAAAGAAAUCAUGUUUGGCAUAAGUUUGAAGAGCUCAAUGUAAAUAUGUCAUCAUGUAUUUAUGCUUGGGAACUCCUGUGGAUUAAAUGACAUUCCAAAGGAAUACAAUUGGUAGUGUGACAUUCGAAAUUUGCCAACCAAUGUUGUAAUCCCACAGCUGACGAGUCUACUUGUUAGACUUGUUAGACUCAACAUUAUAGACUAAACAUGUUGUCGUGGAAACAGUUCUGAAGUGUCUGAGUUUUUAAAAUGCUGAGUUGUUGUUGCAUGAUAAAAAGAACAAAUUAGUUUCCGAUACCUGUUAAUAAAUCCCUUUAUAUCAUAUUUUAAAACUUAAUGACGAUGUAUUUAUACAGAAAAUAAUAUUUUGCUUUUCAUACUGUCAGAUUUGUUGCUGUCAUAAAAUGUUUCUUUAAAUAAUUCAAUGAUAAUGGACAUUUUUCGGCUGCCUAUUUGAAGAACAGAUAAACUUGUGUAGUUCUGUUUGUACCUGCGUUGCCAGGUUUAAGUUUUGCGUACCAUUUGGUAUUUAUACUACAGUACUGAUAGUUUGCAUAGAGGUUCCCAAGGGAUCUGACGUGGCAGUGUAGUCAAACCAAAAUAAAAAUAUCAAUUGAAAAGAUGUUUACUCUUUUUGACUAAAUAGCUUUUGUAAUAUCCUUUGAAUAGGCAAGCUGUACUGUUUCCCCAAGAGCUGUCAUUGUAAAAUAAACUUGAUGUUUGCGCUCCUGAACCAAUGUUCACUUUUUUUCUACUUUUUUCCAAAUACCUUAACUGUAUCAAUGUCAUUGUUUCAUUUUACCAGUUAAAUUAUGUAUUGAUUGACUGGAAAGUAUGUCUCUGAUUCACUCGGUAAUUAAACUCAGCAAGAACUGUCUUACAUGAGGCCUGUGUAUUCCAACACUUUGUAUAACACAGCAUAAUGUUGUGACACCAUUUCUAAUGAAUGCUACCAAAUGUAGUUUGUGUAUUCCGACCUCUUGUCUUAUCUGACUAAUGUCUCACAGGGUAUGAAACUAGGUAGGCUUUACUGUACGCAUAUAUCAAUAUUGUUUUCCUAAAUGUUCGAUCGAGUGGUUAAGGUUGUUAUUUACUGAAUUUUGAUUAGAUCUGGGCCGCAUUCGUGUAUCCCGAUCCAAACGGUUGAACCAGUUGGACUAGUGUUGUUCCUUUAUGAAAUAAGGUCAGACCCAGUAAUCUGAUGCUGCUUUUAGGCGAGUUAUGACAAAGUCUUGCAUGGCCUGCAUAUACAUGAAAGUGUUACAUUAAAAACAGACUAACAGGUUGAACCUGAUACAAGAAAGGGGCCCAGAACAGAAAUGAAGAGGGGUAAGAAAUGGGACGAGAAUCCCCUAAAGCAUGUAUCUUUCAAAUAUGGAAACAUUUUAUUUUUGCAAAUUGUGGGUAUUUUUGUUUGUAGAAAUUCUGAAUUAAACAUUGUAAAUUGGUAUUUUUACUUUUAAGGUUUUUAAAGCAAAUGAAAACUUGAUACAUAUUUGAAAUGUAAGAAGUUAUGCAUAUAUAUUUUUCUAAUUUCCCUUGUCAUUAUAAUUGGGGGGGAAAUGAAAUAAGAGAUAUAUACAGUUAGAAUUCAUAAAGAGGAAUAUGUUUUAUACCAGGACACUUCACAUGCUUGUAUUGAAUCACAAUCAAAUAUUUAGCAGAUUAAGAGGAGAAUACAGGCACGAUUCCCUAACUCUAAGUACCACUGUCUGUUCCUUCCUGUUGAAAUUGACUCGAGAGUGGAGAUGUAUAGGAGAAAAUGUUACGACCCCUCGAUAUAUAAAUACAUAUUUUACUGAGUCGCAAAAACAUGUUCAUUAUACAAAAUUGGAACAAGUGUAACAGGAUGAUGGGCUUGUAUCCAUUAAGAUGUCAAACUUUCUAAGGUGAAGAGUAACACAUACAUUGGUAGGAAAUUAUUCAAAUAUAGACCUGGUGUUGAGUUUCCGAAUCUCUUCGAAGUUGUGAUAGAUGAGUCAAAGAAAUAAAUGGAUGAAUAUCUUUAUCAUACUAGUGCUAUUGUUAAUUAAUGAAGUUUAUACAAACAAUGAAAUCUAGACUUUCUGAUGAUGUCACACGCAUGAACUGUUAUUAUCUGUACAUCAGCAGGAAUUUGUUCACUUUAGAUGCAUUGUUGUUUGUUUUUGCAGAAAACAAUAUUGAAUAAAUGAUUACAAAUGA